UUCGUAAACAAAUGUGUAUUCAUUCAUGUUGUCAUUUUGCUUUCAUCACAUUCGUAAAUAAGGAGGUCUACAUUCAUUUUGCCCGCUCCUUACUCCAGAAUGAACCUAAUCACACAAGAUGUCCUUCACGUUCAACCCAAAACUACAUAUUUGAGUUCCGAAGAAUUAACACAGCUAAGGAAUGUAGAUGCCGAUGGAAUGAGUAUGGGCCUCAAAAGGUCAUUACCGGAAAACACUGAAGAGGAAAAACAUGAGUUAGAAAUACUCUAUGACCAACUGCAAAGACAGUUGUCCCGGCCUCGCAUAGAACGUUUAAGUGGACGAGCUGUUGGCGAAUGGGAUAAUGAAGUCAAAGCUGUGCGCAUAGUUCGCAAGGAUGGUAAAUUCGGUACAUUUGGUUUUAGUGAAGGCGGCAAACUUUAUUUGGAAUAUUAUGAAGCAAUGUUUCUGUUGGAAGUGAAUCGUCUUCAAUUGGAAUACAAUUCAAGAAUUCUAAGCAUCGAGCAGGCAUAUAUCCUGUUAUUAGGCGAAAAUAAGUCAAGCAAAUAUAGUGAAUAUCUGGUAUAUUCCCAUUUCACCCGAGUUGGGUAUGUUUUGGUGAAACAUCAAAAUAUAAUUUUUCCAAAAUAUCAAAUAGAAACUGCUAAAGAUUGUACAUGGGCCAUAUUAGAAGCGGAAUUACAAAAUAAAAGUGUGCCGGAUUAUGUGAAAAAAUCAACAUUUUAUGCCAAAGUUAAGCAGCAGUUUGAUAAAAUACGCGGUGACAUUAAAAAUCAAAAUAAUAAAGAAGACACCGCUGACACCGAGACAAAUGAUGUUAAAGUACAUUUUAAUGGCAACAUGAAAUCAAAUCUAAAAAGAAAGGCCGAUAAUGAUGUUGAUGACAUGACAAAAGAUAAUUGGAGUAAAGCAAAAAGACGUCGCUAUUGUGGCACAAAUUUUCUUCGAAAAAGUCUGGUGGAGUUUCUCAAAGAUGAAGAUGAGUAUAAACGAUUUAAAGAACAGUUUGAACAAUUCGAUAUUGUAACCUUAAAAAACUACGAUGAGGAGAUGGAGGAUGAGAAAAACACAGAUCUUACUGGUGUAGAAACAUUAGCCAUUAACUUUGAUGUUUAUCUUCACAACGAAGGUUUUCGUAAAAGUUCACCACACAUGCCAAACUUUCGAGUAAUAAUUCUAGAAUCACAUCAAAGAUUCCCAACGCAUAAAGAAAUGUUUUUCACUUAUCGUCAGCAAUUUAAUCCUGUUCCAUUGCUAAUGGUGACGGUCAAUGAUUCCAAACAAAUUCAGGCAUUUUUAUACCAUUUCAGUUGAUGCUAUACCAUCAUGAUUAGCAAAAAAACAAUUUCCUUUUAAAAUUUGUUAAAUCUAUAAUAAGAACACAAUACAAAAUUGAA